UAUAGCAACUAGAUACCGGUUUUCUCGGAUUCAGUCGUGUUUUGGCGCUAAUUCGCAACGGGGCAAUCGGUAGUCGUUCCCAGCAUUAUGUACCCAUUGAGAGACACUUUCACCUUCUACGAUCCAUCUUCGAAGAUCUGGAGAGGCCUGCCACGGAAAUCGAUCCUCAAUCCCAAUCAGAGUCUGGGUGAUUUGAUUUUACAGAUUCUGGAAAGAAAUGCGGGAAAGGUGGUUCAAAUAAGCGCCGAUAGUGGCGUUGAGGUGACUGGUGCCGAAAUGCGUCUCAAAACCAUCCGAAUCGCUCAGAAUCUAAUCAAAAUGGGCUAUGGUGAAUCUGAAAAAGAGGAAAUUUUUACGAUGGUGGUGCGUAACGGUGAGAACGCAGCUCCGGUGGUGUUUGCUUGUUUUGCGCUAGGGAUUCCAGUCAAUACGUUGGAUCCCACGUUUUCCCAAGAUGAUUUGAGCCAUAUGCUGGGAACGGUGAAGCCAAAGGUGAUGUUCUGUGACAACGAUGUUCUGGACAACGUCAGCGCCGCUUGUGACGCAAUAGGGAUUUCUCCUAAGAUAAUUUUGAUGUCUGAAAAUGAGAGAGGAUACGAUCAUUUGCAGACCCUAUUGGAACCAACUGGCAUCGAAGAAGUAUUCGUUCCUGUUCAAAUCAACGACCCGACGAAGCACCUCGCCGUCCUCCUGUGCUCAUCCGGAACAACCGGUCGCUCCAAAGCGGUUUGUCUGUCGCACUCCAUCUGCAUUGCCCAUCUAGCCAAUUUCUUCGAAUGCCAUCCCACGGACCGAACGCUCGCCUUCAGCACGCUCUACUGGCUGUCCGGAAUGUUUGUCCUGCUGACCAGAUCGUUUUGGGGUGCCACUCGAGUCAUCACCCGCCAACCCUUCGACGCCGAUCUUGCUGUGGACAUUAUCGAGCGCUUCGGCGUUACAGCUCCCGUGCUUCCUUCCGCGCAAGCCCUGGCCAUCGUCAACAGCCCAAAGGCGAAUGCCAACGCACUUCGGACUCUACGGUUGCCAAUCACCGGCGGUAGUGCCAUCCCAAGUUCGCUGAAGCAAUCCUUCGAAAAGCUCAUCCCCGGAAGGUUCCUGGAGAUAGUGUACGGGUUUUCGGAGAUCGCCCUGGCGGUAACGUACACCAGGAAGCAAUUCUAUCGAGAGGGUUCCGUUGGUUUCCCGACUGCUGGGACGGAGUUCAAGAUCGUCGAUGAUGACGGUCAACCGCUGGACAUCGGUCAGGAGGGAGAAAUUCUGGUCAGAUCGGAACACGUGUUCAGUGGGUACUUUGGAAAUGACGCCGCCACUAGAGAAAUCCUGGACAGUGACGGAUGGAUGCAUUCUGGAGAUAUAGGACGAUUCGAUGAGGAUGGAUACCUGUACAUAGUGGACCGCAAAAAGGACAUCAUCAAGUGCAGUGGAUAUCAGGUGUCACCGAGCGAAAUCGAGAGUGUGAUUAUGACCAUCCCAGGCGUGGCAACAUGUUGUGUGGUCGGCAUUCCGACGGAAACGUUUGAUUUGGCAACGGCUUUGGUUGUCCGGAAAGAUGCCGCAUCGCAGAUUCCUACUGGGCAACAGAUUGAGAAGAAAGUUGAACAAUCACUCGCGUGGUUCAAACACUUGAAGGGAGGGGUUUACUUUGCAUCUGAAUUACCGUUGACGCCCUCGGGGAAGGUAGUUAGACGAGCCGUGAGGGAUGUUGUAGUGCAAAUGAGAAUGAACACUAAAAAUAUGGUAAUACCCGAAGAAUGAAUCAUACUUUGGUGCCCUUCAAACUGCCAGUUCAAGACACAUUUUCGUUCAUCUAAAUUAGGCUGUAGAGGAAAAAUCAUUUUAUUAAAAAAGCAAUCAUCUUC